GAAACCGUUUGUUUCUUAGUUACCAAGCUUUCAGUUUCUGCCUUCUUUUGAACGUCAUCAUAAAUUAUCGAUUUCAGGAACAAGUUCUGUAGAAUAUAAAAUUAAGCAGUGGAAGUCCAACCCCAUAUACAUGCGAGCCUUUACCAAACAGUCGGGUUAAUAGUAUGUUGACUGGAAGCAAACAUUCAAGAGGGACUACCACUCAGAAUACCAAAACUAGGUUGGAUCCGUAUGCAGCGGCUUCUUCUGAAAAUUCAAUCAGUGAAGGUCGCCUCGAGGAUGAAACUCCGCCACCGUUUGUUCCGAGUGAUGACGGUCGUCAUGAGAAGUGGCUUCUCAGGCAGAGAACAUUUGAUCAAGAAAGGCGUCAACAGCUUGAGAUGACGAUGAAAGAACUUUCCAGGCAGAAAAAGAUGCUGGAAGCGACAAAUCAACGGCUACGAAUGGAAUCUAAAUCGCAAUUGAAUAUUUCGGCAACAAUUGAUAAAGAUUCAUUAGAAGAAGAGAAAGGAGAUGACUAUGAAAUUAAUAUUAGAACUGAUCGUCAAUACGAAAUCAAAUUGCUUAGCCAGCUACAAAAACGUUUACUGAAGUAUCGAAUGGAUCGCAAUGAACUGGAGGAAAUGAUUCUGAAGCAAAAGAUAGAAAACCAACUAUUGAAAGCAUCAAUUGCGAAUCAAUAGACAGGAGCUAAUCGAGAACAAAACCAUUAGUUGAAAAUACAUUCCAAAUUUUCUAUUUCGAUAUUACCUUGUUUCU